AAACGGUCCCUUCAUCUUACCUGGACAUCCAUUUACCUAGUUACCCAUGGCGUCUCCUCCUCGACGCAGGCAAAUACUUUCCGCUCUUUUUCUGCUUUCCGUGCUAGGUCUUCUAGGACGCGUGGCCGCGCGCUCGACCGUCAAAAUUGCGGACCCUCUUUCGAACGGAAGCAUUCUGGCUGCUGAUGUAGCGCAAUGCACCGCUGUACAGCAGCUGUCCAAGUUGAAGGAGGAAAUCGCAGGCGACGAAUCGCCCGUGAUGCGCCAGGUAUUCGCGUGGUUGUUUCCUUUCGGGCCAGGUUGGAAUUCGGUCCUAGGGACAUUCUACAUCAGCUCCGUGCCCAAUUUCAUCCUCGCUUUCAUUCCGGCACAAAUUAACCGGAACACGCUCAAUACCAUGACCGCUUUUGCUACGGGAGGUCUUCUCUCGGACGUGUUUCUGCAUCUCGUCCCACACUCGUUCAUGGGCGAGCAUCAAGAUGGUUCCGUCCAUUUCGUAAUGGUCGAGGAAAAACGCAACAUCCUUGUUGGGCUAGGCAUCUUUGCGGGCUUCGCCUCGUUCUUCAUCAUGGAGAAGACUUUACGUGUGCUGGGAGGCGAAGAUGGACACUCGCAUUCCCACUCUAGCGACGCACACGAGCAUAAGCACAACGACACAAGCGCGUCGGGUCACGCAUCCGGAGUCGCGGUGGCAAAUUCGGAGGGUUUGCGCGCCCGCACGACUAAUGGGACUGUGGAGUCAACAGAAUUAGAACAUAGACAUCCUGAGGAGGAAGAGAAGCACGCUAACUCGUCUAAAUUAUCAGCGUACCUCAAUCUGUUUGGGGAUUUUGUCCAUAACAUCACUGAUGGUCUCGCGAUGGCCGCAUCUUUCUACUCGAGUCCUCUCAUCGGCGCGACCACCACGCUCGCGUGUUUCGCCCACGAAAUUCCUCAUGAAAUUGCGGACUACAGCAUCCUCAUCCGCAGCGGUUUCACAAAGCGGCAGGCAAUGCAAUCACAAUUCCUUACGGCAGUAGGCGCAUUUGUAAGAACAUUCAUGGGUAUUGCUGUCCACAAUCUCUCUGGGCCUGGGGCCGACAGUCAGUCCAACGAUUUGGCCGCGGCCGUGCGCCGGAGUGCAGCCGGGAUCCUCGGCACGACUGUCCAGUUCGCGGAUCUCGUAAUCCCCUUCGUUGCUGGCGGCUUCAUGUAUAUCGGCGCUGUAGCAGUCUUACCGACACUGCUUGAAGAGAGCAAGAGCGGGAAACAAGCUUUGCGCGAGUUCGGGGCCAUGGCGUUCGGCGUGCUCUGCAUGUUUUUGGUCGCGUGGAACGAGUGAUAGGCGUCGGGUGUGGUCACAGGAUGUGCAUCGUGGGUGGCGGUAUUUAUUUCGGAAUCAGGAUAGCAGGAUACGCAAUACGGGAUCUUCCUUCUUUGUUUGCGCGUGGAGCUGCAGACGCCGCUUGCUGUUCUUUGCGAUUCCGCGAGCUCUGAACGGAUCGGACCUCCGCGCGCCUGCCAUGCCAGUGGGAGGGGUCGUCCCGCUAGGCGGGUGCCAACGUUUCCCCUGACGGGUCACUUGUGCGAUAUGAGCGAUAUGAAGCUUCGCACCUGGACAAAUCGAACUGAUUAUCAGCAGCCUUCUUCGUGUCCGAGGUACUUAAAUGAAGACCCCGUGGCCUCAUGAGAAGUGCAGCCUUCAGGCCGGUUCUGAGGCUCGUGGGAUGGAACGAUUGUUCUGAUAGUUGAUGGACGUUAUGCCAGGUAGACGCUAGCGAAGGAGACGGCUGUAAAUAGGCACGCUGGGCAUGAUGACAAUCGUGUCGGGGUGUACAUAUCAUGCAUCAUGAGGUGUCCUGAGGGUUUGAGGU